GUGUUUGCGGAUAAAUCCAAAAGGCUUAGAUGAAGAAAGCAAAGACUAUUUGUCUCUAUAUUUACUGCUUUUAGCUUGUAAUAAAAGUGAAGUUCGAGCAAAAUUCAAGUUUUCGAUUCUAAAUGCUAAACGCGAGGAAACUAAAGCAAUGGAGAGUCAAAGAGCUUAUAGAUUUGUCCAAGGAAAAGAUUGGGGUUUUAAAAAGUUUAUAAGGAGAGAUUUUCUAAUGGAUGAGUCAAAUGGAUUAUUACCAGAUGAUACUCUGACUAUGUUUUGUGAAGUCAGUGUGGUUGCAGAUUCUGUUAAUGUCAGUGGUCAAUCGUUAAUGUCGAAUUUAAAAGUACCAGAUUCAAAUUUAGCUGCAAACAUGAACACUCUACUUGAACAAGGACAAUUUAGUGACAUGAUACUUAAAAUUGCAGAUACAAGUAUACCGGUUCAUAAAGCUAUAUUAGCGGCACGGUCUCCGGUAUUUGCAGCUAUGUUCGGUCAUGAUCUUGAAGAAAAUAAAAAAGGAGUUGUUACAAUAACAGACUUAGAUAUAGAUGUUUUAAAAGAAAUGCUUAAAUUUAUUUACACAGGAAAAGUUACUCAAUUAGAAACAAUGGCAGACACACUAUUAGCUGCAGCUGAUAAGUAUGCAUUAGAGAGGCUAAAAGUUAUGUGUGAAGAAGCUCUAGCAUCAAAUCUGAGUGUUGAAAAUGUGUGUGAUGUUCUUAUUUUGGCUGAUCUCCAUAAUGCACAGCAACUCAAGUCCGUCGCUAUAGAUUUUACAAAUAGUCAUGCACAGGAAGUUAUGGAGUUAGCAUCAUGGCAAAGACUGGUUAAAAAUCAUUCGAAUAUCGUUGCAGAAGCAUUUCGAGCUCUUGCUAGUGUUCAAAGUUUUUCAUGUUCUCCACCAAGAAAACGUCAAAAAACUGCUCGCGUUGAACCAUGUGUUUAGCAUUUUUUAUGCAUAUGCAUGCAAUGCUUUGCAUUUACCGUUUUUUACCAUUGUAAAUAAUAUUUUACCCUGUCAAUAUCAUAUUCCCAUUUUCA